GGCAGCUUUUUAGGGAGCAAAAGUUAUGUUUCAUUUUUUAGCUAAUUAAUGUAAUCACUAUUAAUGGUUAUUAAUGGUUAUUAAUGGUUAUUAAUGGUUAUUUGGCAUGAAGACCUCUUCUGAGUAAGCAGGGACCAUUCUACUGAUCUGUUGAUCUGCUUGGACUAUAUUUUCUCUAUAUUUCUGUAAUGUUUAAUGUGUUUUCCUUCCUCUUUAGGUCUUCGAAUCUAACAAAUUAGAUAAUGGAAUCUAAUUUCUCCAUAUAUUCGACUCUUCUGACUAUGGAAUCACUGGAAAUUCCUACAUCUAACAUUGUUCCAGCAUUUAUAUUUGGAGCUCUUACCUAUUGUGGCAUUAUGUUUUUCAAUAUGUCUCUAGCGCUAACUAUUGCUUUUAACAGGAAACUCCAUAAGCCAAUGUAUAUUCUGAUGUUAAAUAUGCACAUUAAUGAUAUGAUGGGUGCCACUGUCUUUUUCCCUCACCUGUUGUUUAGUAUAUUGACUCAGAACAGAUCACUCACCUACACUACUUGCUAUGCAGAAGCCUUUCUAACUCAUAUAUAUGGUACUGGUUUAACUAAUCUUCUCAUUGCUAUGGCUUAUGACAUAUAUAUUGCCAUCUGUUGCCCAUUGAAAUAUAACACACUGAUGUCCUCCAAUAACUUGCUGAAAUUAAUCGCUAUUGUAUGGAGUUACACCUAUUUUAUUGUUGGUGUAGUAUUUAUACUGAGUUACCGUGAGCGAAUCUGUAGCACGAGAAUUAUCGACAUUUUCUGCAAUAAUCCAUCUUUAUUAAGGCUCAUAUGUGGAGACAUAGCAGUGAACAACUACUUUGGACUAUUUGUGACAUUUUUCCAACAAUCAUUAACAGUGCUGUCAGUGGUUUUCACAUAUGUUCAGAUCUUGGUCACAGUCGUCUAUAAAAGACAGGCUGAUGUUAAAAGCAAGGCCAUUCAGACCUGUGGUACUCAUCUUACUGUCUUUUUAUGUUUAGAAUUUUGUAUACUCUUUUCCUUGACUGUGCACAGAAUUGAGGGAGCGUCACCAACCCUAAGAAAAGCUUUAGGAGCUUCUAUAAUGAUAUUUCCUCCUAUACUCAAUCCUCUGAUUUAUGGACUGAAAACGAAGGAAAUCCGACAGAAUCUCAUUUUCUUACCCAAGAAAAAAAAGGUUUUACCAGAAAAACAGAGAAAGAAAAAUAAUAAGAUGAAGUAAGAGAUCC